CACACCUGUCUCUCUUUCCUUCCCUCAGACGUUCUACCCACAUGGGAGGUGAGUGAAUAGGUUCUCAGGGCUGUUCCAUCCAAGCAUCUGCCUCGACCUUGAGGAUCUGCAGCGGGAUCACUUCCUGCUGACUCCUUCCCAUCUGUUUCCAUGGCAACCCGGACACAGAAGCUCGCCCAACCCAAACUCAACCAACUCCGAUUUCCAGACCGUCGUUCCGUUUACUGGCUGGAUGAACUGCCUCACGAGAAGAUAGGACCCACCACUAGAAUUGAAUUAACUCCUCGCUGGUCUGAGUUGUGCAGAAGUAAAAAGCUCUACACUCAAGCUGCACGUUCUCCCAUAUGGGAGGUGAAUGAAUGGGCACUCAGGGCCGUUCCGUCCAAGCGCUUGUGUAGUCUGGCUCAACCUCGAGGCCCUGCAGCAGGCUGGAAGCCAGACCGCCCACUGACGGCUCCUAUGAACAGAGGGACACGGACGAUCGUGGCUACGGCCCGGAUCUGUCAGCUUUCCCAGCCGAAGAGAAGGCUGGCUCUGGAGGACUCUGACCACAAAUCAAAACCUGUACCUUUGACCAACCUCCCGAGCAAAGCAUCGGCUCACAUAGAGCUACUUUCAACCCCUAAGCAGGACCACUCCAAGUUCGGCGGGGAGCGCUCAGUGUGCUGGCCCGUCUCCAAAGCAGCAACAAGCUACGUAGCCAGCCAGAGACUUCUCGAGAUUUCCACCCCGAAAGAGCGGAAGGCUUUGUUUGAAGGAUAUGACCCGUACACCGUUAGUCGCGCAGCACGCUCAGCCAGCCCUUCGCCACGUAUAUAUCAGCUUUCCACGCCACUGCCUCGCAAGUGUAGCAUGAAGUAGGACAGAUGACACUUGAUGUCCUUCUGAGUAGUCAUAAUGAUGUAGAUAUACUAAACUGUAAUCAUAGAUAGUCAUAAUUUAAUUUCAGAUAUCUCCAUACAUGUGAAUGGAAAUGGUGAUGUCAUUUGUCCCAGGAAGAAUGUCACCAUGGACAUCUGACAUGUUCGUUUUGUCUAGGAAUGGACUAAAUAUUGAUAUGUGACUCUACCAAGACUGUCUUGUUAGGUGGCGACAGUGCAGGAGCACCACAAGAGGGCAGCACCAUCACAAGAUCUGACUCCCCUCAGCAUCUAAAUCUCUGCUUCCUUCUCUGUAACCUCAUCUGAAUCUUGCCAUCCUCUGGCUUCUGUUAGACCCCACUGAGAUCAUUCACUUCCGUCACCUUUUUCCUCAAAGUGUGUGAUUGAUAACAACGUGACACCUUCAUACACCUCAGUGCUGCAGAACUUUUUCAUGAUGUCUUCCUCCUGUUUGGUGGCUACCUAUCCCCUGCUGUUUGAUACCAUGUGUCAUAUGUAAAUGUAUUUGAUAAUUGUUUUCCCCUUGUAAAUUUUUCCUCGAGUUUAUGAUAAGGACUUGAAUCAACUUGCUGUUAUGACAUGCUGUACAAAGUCUUUGCUUUGUCGAAAUCUUUUACUAAUAUUGAGUGGAUUUAAAUGAAACAAUUUGUGUUUGUGAUUGUUUUCUGUCUAAACAGCAUUAGCACUAACUGUUUGAUAGUUUAUUAAUAAUAAUAAUAAU